UUGUAUCUCCACCCUCGCCCAUCUUGAGUCAGCUGUUCCCUCCACUGACGGGUGAAAACAUACGGGAACAAUGAAGCCUUAAUCAGACCUGAGAUCAGCGCCUUCCGCCGCCUCAGUUUGAACGGAGCCAACCGGAGCAGCAGCAGCAGCAGCAGCAGCCAGGAGCCAUUCAGACCCUCCUCACCGCGGGAUGUGAGCGCUGCUCAGAGCCUCUCCACAAUAACGGAUGACCGCUGUGACUUUGAGAGGACCCGACAGAGACAGACCGGCUGCUGGGCCGUGAGACAGGAGCUUUUUCUGCGGUGUGAACUUUAGAGAAGUGAACCUGCUGCCUCUCCAGUCUUAAAGGAAGUUACAAGCUAGUGCUAGAAAGUGUCUCACUCAGCGUACGUUGGGCAGCUGCAGCGCGUGUGUGGGACACUUACCAGCCGUUUACACACACUAUGAGUUAGUUUAACUACCACACUGUUAGUUAAUGAGGAGGUAAUGGUUUAGAAAUUACGUGUAAACAGGUGCUGGGACUAUUUUUUCCUAAUGGGAGCCUCGGCAGUCUUGGGCGUGUCACUGCGCAGCCCUCCUCGGCUUUGUGUCUUUGGUCUGUGCCAUCCAUCUCAUCAUGGACAGCCUGCUGAGCGGGGCCAGUAAAGGGGCCGGUGCCCUUCAGUCAGCACAGACCUUUUCACGUCAUAGAUGCCACCGGCUGUCUUCGCCGCUCUAUGAUUGACUGUUAAGGAAACAAUAAAGCUUAAAUUCCUGUUAGUUUGAACAAAAGAGCCAUGCAUCCGCUGCUGCCCCUCUGUGUCUUUUGGCUGCUGCCCCUGGCCUUGACACUGGAAGAAGGCUCGCCCCGUAGAUCUGUGCCCUACCAUAGGGACAACGCUCGUCUGUUUCAUGAGGAGGGAGUGUUCAACUACUCCACCAUGCUGUUAAGAGAAGAUCUGAACCUGCUGUUUCUGGGUGCCAAGGAGGCAGUGUACGCUCUUGACCUCAAAGACAUCUCCAAGAAACUUGCUUCAGUUAAAUGGGAAGUGACGCAAAAGCAAGAAAAUAGCUGUAAAAACAAAGGAAAAGAUCCUGAGGCUGAUUGCAAGAACUACAUCAGGAUCCUGCAUCAGUUGGAGGAUAACAGGAUAUAUGUCUGUGGAACCAAUGCUUUUGAUCCUGAGUGUGAUUUCAUGUCCUACGCAAACGGAAAGCUGACUCUUGAGAAGAAAGCCGAGGAUGGCAAAGGGAAGUGUCCAUUUGAUCCUUUCCAGAGAUAUGCCUCCAUCAUGGACGAUAACAACCUAUAUUCAGCCACUUCAAUGAACUUCCUGGGCUCCGAACCCAUCCUGAUGCGCAGCUCUCCUGUGUCCAUACGCACUGAGUUCAAGAGCUCCUGGCUUAAUGAGCCUACCUUUGUUUCCAUGGCUCAGAUGCCAGAGAGUGAUUUGAGUAAUAUGGGAGACGAUGACAAGGUCUACCUGUUCUUCAGUGAGACGGCUGUGGAGUGCGACUGCUACAACAAACUGGUGGUCUCCCGUGUGGCUCGCGUCUGCAAGGGGGAUCUUGGAGGUGAAAGGACCUUGCAGAAGAAAUGGACAUCCUUCCUGAAGGCCAGAAUGGACUGUCCAGUGCUGGAGUCUCAGCUGCCGUUCAUUAUCCAGGACACUUACCGCUGGUGUGACCCUGAGAGGCACUGGAAGGAUUGUUUGUUCUACGCCAUCUUCACACCACAGUCGGACACAUCAGACCUGUCUGCAGUGUGUGCGUACCGCGUGUCCAGCAUCAGCAGAGUGUUUGCAGAGGGGAAGUACAAGACCCCAGUCCCCGUAGAAACCUCUUUUGUUAAGUGGGUGAUGUAUAGCGGAGAUGUCCCCGUCCCUCGGCCCGGAGCUUGUAUAGACAAUGCCGCUCGUAAAGCGGGCAUACAUCAGACUCUGGACCUCCCAGACCGGACCCUUCAAUUUAUCAAAGAUAGGCCCCUCAUGGACCAAGUUAUCCAGCCAAUAGGAGAGAAGCCUCUACUGGUGCGAAGGGGAGCUACAUUCACUCGCAUCAUAGUCGACCAAGUGGAGGCAGCAGAUGGAGAGAACUACCACGUGAUGUUCAUAGGCACAGAGGAUGGCACCAUGGUGAAGGCAAUGAACUACAACGGAGAGAUGUUCAUCAUAGAGGAAGUAAAACUCUUCCAGACGCCAGAGCCAAUCAAGAUUAUGAAAUUCUCUAAUGUCACGGGUCAGCUGUAUGCAGGCUCAGACUCCGGAGCAGCACAGAUCCCACUGGCCACCUGCGAGAGGUCCUUGUCCUGUAUGGACUGUGUCCUGUCCAGAGACCCGUACUGCGGCUGGGACGAAGUUGCUAAGAAAUGUGUUUUCCUUUCUGAUUCACAAAGGAAGCUGAUCCAAAGUGUGAAAGACGGAGACGCCUCCCUCUGCCCUGAUGCUGAUCCUGUGAAGCCGAUGAAUCGGACCAUCUGGCCUGGGGGAAGCCUGUAUCUCCCCUGCCCUCCACCCUCCAAUCUGGCACAAACCAGUUGGGAAUGGAAUGGCCGACCUCUGACCCCUUCGGCUCGCCUUCAGCUUGUACGAGACAAACUGAAUAUCCUCAACACCACAGACUCCGACGCUGGUCUGUACCGCUGCCAGUCUGUGGAGUCCUCCAAAGGUGUCGAGUACACAUCCACUGUGGCGGAGUACCAGGUGAGCAUGGCCACAGGACGUGGUGGGAAUGUGAUUGUUCCCGAGGCUCGGACGGCUGGCUCCUCUGGGGCUGGACUGCACGCCAUAGUCGGGCUCCUUUUAGUCGGUCUUGUUGCCCUUUUGGCUUGGAACUUUUACAAAGGCCACUUGCCGCUGCCCUGGAAGUGCGGGAAGAAGAAUGGAGAGCAAUCCCCAGAGACCCCUGAGCAGGGGGGACCGACUGCCGGGCCUGCACAGGCGGAGGUCAAGCCCCUGGUGUCGGGAACAAACAACGGCAGUAAUAACAACCACACUGGAGGGGAGGCGGCUUUCAGUGCAGCCGCGGAAGAGGACGGCCCGAAAGUUAGUCUUCCAUCUCUGCAGUUUAUUGAUGACGAGUCAGAAAUUUGACAUUGACAAACCCGUUACUGUAUCCAGAUUCCCGUCCAGGAUAAGUUAAGUUAAGUUUGAGAACUAAACGGGAAUGCGCCAAACUGUUUGUUUCGGGGCAGAACUACUAGAGUUGAAAUCUGAAAUUUAUGGGAAUAUGAACCAUCCUGUGGUUGAACUUUGUUGCGAGAGACACACCAAAAGAUUCUUUAAGUUUUUUGUACAAGAGACACUUGAAUUUCUGCUUUACUUUUUAUUUUCACAUUUAAGUGUUUUAGCUUCAAACUAAUUGUCAUAAAUCCUGUUAUAGAUGAAAAUGUCUUGUAAAGAUUGGUAUGAUUUUCACAGGGAAUGUACAAUAACAGAAAAUGAGCCAUUUCAUUUCUAACCACUAGCUGCAAAGACUUUGUUUUAUUGAAUUAAAUCUUUUUUCUACCUGGA